AUGCCAUGUCUGAUUUUAUUUAUUUACUCCAGACGGAAGUCAGAAACUUUCUCGUAUUUCCUAGACUGGGAAAGAAUCAGUACAGUCUUUCUUGAUGUCCUCAGACACCCCUUUUUCCUCUCGGCAUUGUUGAUCCGUGAGUCUAUAAAUUGCUCGUAUCCCUUCCUUCCUUUUGUUCGAUUUCUUUCUUUCUUUCUUUCUUUCUCACACCCUUCCUUUCUCUCAUUACUUCGCAUCUUCCUUUCCUUGAUUUUUUCUCCCCUUCUUUCUUUUCUUUUUCUCACUUUCCUUACUUUCUUCAUUACAACUUUCGACCAUGUUUUCUUUGCCAUCUUCAUUAUUCUCACCUUCCUCCUUUUUUUGUCACCUCACACUUUUCCUCUUUUACUUCCCUGUGCCCCCUUUUCUCAUUUUCCUUCCUUUCUCUGUUUCUUACUGUUCUUCCUUCCUUCCUUCCUUCCUUCCUUCUUUUCCACCAUUUUUUUCUCACCUUCCUUCCUUGUCCUAAUAUUUUUGAAACUUUCUUCUUUCCUAUUUCCCACUUUUUUCCUUCUGUACUUUAUUGCCUUUCUCAACUCCCUUUGUGCUGUUCCGUUCCACCAAAACCGAUCACAGGACCCUCUUCCAUUUCACUGUAUUAUUCUUGGCAUUUUUCACCAUCUUUAA